AUGACUACAGUUGGCUAUGGAGACAUCCAUCCGGUGUCUUCGGGUGAGAAAGCGUUCACUGCAUUCUUCCUACUGGUCUCUAUUGUUGCCUUCUCUGGUAUGGUUGGUGCGGUAACGGAGGUAGUUCAUCAAUUCUUCGGCAAAAAUGUUCAGCACAAAAGUGCGAUGCUCAAUCUAGGACGCUACAUGAAGUGGCGACGUUUGCCAUAUCAUCUUCAACGUAGACUGAGACGCUAUAUGCAGUAUCGAUGGGAGCAUGGUGGUUUGAACCUUGGCUUUAGAGAGUCGGAUAUAAUGAAAGAUCUCUCCCCUGCUCUCAGAAUCGCCGUCUUAGCACGAGUGUACGGUCCUCCUCUCAAAGAGGCACGCCAUUUCAAGUGGCUUAUCCGCCACCAAUUGGCGUUCGAGCGACUAUUAGCCAAAGUGAGGUUCGCGACUCAUGCUCCAGGGGAUGUUCUAUUCCUCGACAGCGAGCUGGAUGAUUCCCUCUACUUUUUGCAAGUCGGCCAACUUGGCCUCUUCUAUUCGGCAGAAAAUGGUGAGGGAUACCAGGAGUGCGUCGUCGUUAAGGCACCUGCCCAUGUUGGCCUUACAGCUCUACGGUCCCUCGCUACUGCAAACCCUCUCGAGCGCGGCAAUAUUUUGCGACCAUGUUCAGCACUGUGCUCAACCCACUGUGAGAUGCUCAUUAUCGUCAUAAACGAUCUGCGAGAUCUGUUGGAUUCUAUGCCCAAAUUGUGGCCAGAAUUUUCCAGUUGGUACCGUGAUGAGCAACCGAGAGUUCGGUUUUAUGAAGAAAAGACCGACGAAGUAGACCGAGAUUAG